CGCUCCCGCGGCGGCCUAGAGCGCAACAGCGAGCACAGCUCUCGGCCUUCCCGCGUGUCGCCACCUCCUGCGGAACCUCCGCCUCCCGAGCUGCGCCGCCGGCUUCCUCCUUUCCAGGCUGCCGUCAGCCCGCGCGCCCGCCGGCUCCGUCAUGGCGACCCGCAGCUCCAGCGUGGUGAUUAGUGAUGAUGAACCAGGUUAUGACCUAGAUUUAUUCUGUAUACCUCAUCAUUAUGCUGAGGAUUUGGAAAAGGUGUUUAUUCCUCACGGACUGAUUAUGGACAGGACCGAGCGGCUUGCGCGAGAUGUGAUGAAGGAGAUGGGAGGCCAUCACAUCGUAGCGCUCUGUGUGCUCAAAGGAGGCUAUAAGUUCUUUGCUGACCUGCUGGAUUAUAUCAAAGCGCUGAACAGAAACAGUGACGGGUCCAUUCCCAUGACCGUAGAUUUCAUCAGACUGAAGAGCUACUGCAAUGACCAGUCAACAGGGGACAUCAAAGUCAUUGGUGGAGAUGAUCUCUCAACUUUGACUGGAAAGAAUGUUUUGAUUGUUGAGGAUAUAAUUGACACUGGCAAAACAAUGCAGACUUUGCUUUCCUUGGUCAAGGAGCAUAAUCCAAAGAUGGUCAAGGUCGCAAGCUUGCUGGUGAAGAGGACCCCUCGAAGCGUUGGCUAUAAACCAGACUUUGUUGGAUUUGAAAUUCCAGACAAGUUUGUUGUAGGAUAUGCCCUUGACUAUAAUGAAUACUUCAGGGAUUUGAAUCAUGUUUGUGUCAUUAGUGAAACUGGAAAAGCAAAAUACAAAGCCUAAGACGAGAGUCGAAGUUGAGUUUGGAAGCAUCUGGAGUCCCAUUGAAAUCAUCGGUAGAAUGUUCUAGUUCUGUGGCCAGCUGCUUAGUAGAGCUUUAUUGCAUGUAUCCUCAGAAUUUUAUCCAUUUUGUAUUUUAGAAAUGUCCGUUGCUGCGUUCUUGAAGUCUUAUUUGCAAUAUGAGCCUGUACACUAUCCGUUCUCUUGGCGUGGAGUGUUGUUUGACUCGCGAAUGAGAAAAAUCUCUUAAACCACACCACUAUUGAAUGAAAAUAUUGAAAUUGUAUCUGUAAGAAACAUUUAAAGAGAAGAUAUAUUAGUUUUUUAAUUGGUAUUUUAAUUUUUAUAUAUUCAGGAAAGAACAGAGGUGAUCGAAUAUUGUUAAUUAUAUACCACUGUGUGUUUAGAAGAGUAAGGAGCAGUUUUCAUAUCAGUGACAGCAUUGACAGGAUUGUUUUGUUGGCUAAACCAUACAUCUUGGAAUUAUUUUACUGUGUCGGUAGUAGUUAACUGUUUCCUCGAGCUUGUUCAGAUGAUUUCCGGUGAAUCAGUGUCAGCAGUUCCUUUUAAAUACAAAUCAAAUUCCAAAAAACUGUUACCACAUUUUGAAUUCUUCAGUGUAAAAAUCCUCACAAUAAAGGCUGUCUCUUUAAAAGAAA